AUGAGCAGCGAAGAGGAGCUGGAAGACAUUGGCGAAUUGGAGGAGCGAUAUCCGCAUGAUGUCUACCUCUAUAUGUAUGACAUCACAGACGGCCUGGCUUGCCGGUAUUCGCCACUUCUGUUUGGGCAACGCCUUCGGGCCCUUUAUGAUACUGGGGUUGUGGUGCGAUGGCUCGAUGGCGAUCUGGAGUCUUGGUUCGGUGGUCGUAUCCAAACAAAGUCAGCGGGGCACACACCUUAUGGUGAGCCGCUGGAGAGAAGGUUCAUGGGCACGACUUUCAGGACACGAGAAGAGAUUGGAGCCUUCCUGGAGUUUUCGUCCUCCACCUUUGUCCCGAACUCCUAUGACAUUGCCUUCCACAACUGCAAUUCCUUCUCUGCGGCGAUGUUGGAGUUUCUUUGCGAAAUGCAACUUCCGCCGGAUGUGCUGGAACAGGCUGGCUUGGUCCUGAAUACCGACACGGGCUACCUGGGCUACCAGGUUUGGAAGACGCUUAACAGAUGGGACGCAGCCAGACCGCGGCUGCCUGGCGCUUAG